GCGGCAUGCCGGGUACGUCAAUGUGGAAUAACAUUUUUAAUUUCAGUUAAGUAGGACACACACACACGGAGGGUUGGCUUGUGAACACUAACACAGGUUGGUGCGAGGGAGAGUUUGGGGGAGAGAGAGAGGGUAGAGAAGGAAGACACCUUUGAGCCAGAAAGCAGCGCCGGCAGUGGCUCACCCACCGCCCUCCUCACCUCGCGCCGUCAACGCGCCGCCCACAAGCCGGGUGGAUCUCGGCACGAGCGCUGUAAGUGUGCGACCACGCGCCGUGCGUGCGCAGACAGCGUUUCGCGCGUUACCGGGGUGUGGAGGGAGCCUGGUCGCCCCGCGCCUCGCGUCCACUACUAAAGGAACGCGAUCUCACCCCGCUGGGGCAUACUCCGGCUCGUCGUGUGUCCUGGAACUUCUUGUCGCCUGUGCGCAGUCGAUCGACGACGAAGCCCUGAGGUCAGGUACAUUUCAUGUGUUAUGCUUGCAUCAUCAUCAUCGUCAUCGUCAUCGUCACUCAUGUUGACACUCGCGAAGGCCGCUGUCACGACGACAACGACGACAAUGCCCACGCUGGCAGCGCUGACGGUGAGUGGGGGAGAGCAGCAGGUGAGGACUCUCAUCCCCCUCACUACGUCGACGGGAGAGCGGUUCCUGGUGGCCGGCCCUUGCAUCGUGCUGAAAACGUCACUUCCGACCGUCGCGCAGCACCUGCAAGCCCUCCGCCCCCUUCUCAAGGCCGACAGCAGCAACCGCGGCAACAACCCAACCGCCACCAGAGCUGACAAGACGACGGCGACCCGCGCCCGUAUGAGAGGUUUAAAGGGAGGCUUCAAGAAAGAUGACGUCGUCGUUGGCGGGAGCGGAAACGAACCCAGCGCCUUACGCUGCAAGCGCCGGAUCGACUUCGGUUCCCUGGGGCUGCCGCGCCCCAUGCCGGCCACCAUGGCCAGACGCAACGAGCGCGAGCGGAAUCGGGUGAAGCAGGUCAACCUGGGGUUCGAGACCCUACGUCAGCACGUGCCUUCCGGUCGGCAGAACAAGAAGCUGAGCAAGGUGGACACGUUGAAGGAAGCCGUGCGCUACAUCAAGCACCUGCAGCAGGUGUUGAGAGAUGCUGACCCCACCGAGUCUUCCGGCUCCGCUUUCCUCACCACCAUCGCCGACACCAUCCACUUGACAUCCCGCGGGGCAGUGACGUCAGCGACGGGCUCUGACGUCACAUCCGCUUUAGCAGUAUCGGACGAAAGUGUUGGUGCCACUUCCGCUUCCAGUUCCACGGUCGCGUUAAUGGAGGACACAUCGGACGUCGACUUCGAAUGCGAAAUGUCACAGACGACAGAAGACGAGGCUGACGACGAGGACGACGACGACUUCACGAGUAUCACGCCUACGCUGACCUUUGUCCCGGAAAUAGAAAGGCUAGCGGCAGGUUCCCCGUUCUCGCACCUGGCCCCUAGCCCCGUCCCCAGCCCCGGUUCUCCAGGGACCUCCACCACCACCGUCACUACUACCACCUCCGCCGUCGUCUUCCAACACGACCACGACAGCUACAACUACCUGGCGGAUCGUUGGUGCGGCGGGUCUGACGGAGCGUCCAGUCCCUCGUCGCCGAGUCAGUCCAGCUGCGGAGCGUCCGAGAUCUCGUGUGACGAGACAAACAGCACGAACUGUGACCCCUACCACGACCUGUCCCCUGACCUGGCCGACUGGCUGUGCGCCAAGUUCGACAUCGCGGACGAAGAUGUGUUUCGCUAGCUGCAGUCUGUCGCAGGAAGCUUCAUUUGACUGGAGCGUGGCCAAUCAUCAGAAGGGUCGAGUCGGCGCAGGGAGACCUGCUCUAGCAAGAUGGCUCUCGCACCAAGGGAGAUAACCGUCAAGAGGGUGGAAGGCAGAGGGUGCGGAUCCCAGUCGAUCACCGACAAGCUCACCUUAUUUUUCCAGCGCUGACUUCUUCCGCUUGGGUUCGCAGUAACAAGCAGCGAGACAUUAAAAUCAGACAGAUGUCGCUGACUGUGAAAUUGUCGAGUAGGGCACGUGUGUGUGUGAGAGAGAGAGAAGGAGAGAGUGCGAGAGCUUAUUGUUAUUGUCUUCCUCUGAGUAAUGACUCCUGACCCGCUGUUCAAGCGGAACUUGUUAAUCUCAAACGAAAACCAGGUGAAGUGGACACCCGUCUACAUGGUCAGCAAUCGUGACUGCUGGUUGAGGUGAACGAUUUACACGAGACUGGGGUCGAGCAUACGUGACCUCUGCUUGGGGUCACCGAUAUCUACGUGACGAGAGACUGGUAUGUGGCUCUUGCCAGGUCACGCACAAACACUGUUUACAGCUUUAUACAGAGUGCUCGGUGCUGCCUUCCUUUUGAACAAGUUGGAGUUCACGGAUCUCUUUCAACUGUGCCUUACACUAACUUCUCCGCGACUACGAGAACGGACUGACGUUUAGAUGCACGGGGAAGAAAAGACAGGAACCAUCACAGGAAACGAGCUGGAAAUGUGAAGUGUUUUUUUAAGGCCUUUAAGUGCUGUUCAGUUUGUUCUGUUUUGCUGAAAUGUUCAUGUCGCACGGGGAUGGGAUAACCUAAAUUAGGAUACUGUUGUAUGGAUGGUUGGAUUAAGCAGUUAGUCGUGUGUACAGAUGUGCGGACGGAAGAUGUGAGAGAAAGAGAGAUGAAAUCAAUCAACCUGGUUUUUUUUAAAAUAUACUUUACAAAUCUGUUUGCGCAAGUCUGUGCUUUUUUUUAAUACAGCACUUGAACUAGAACUGAAAGCUGGAGGCGACAUUGAAAAAGCCUUCUUCACUGGCUGCGCGCGCAUCCCUUAUCGUCACGUGCGCGCCAGCUCUAGAAUUUUCUUUUCCUACUCGUGCCCUCUGGUUGACCUUACCGAAGCCAAGGAGGAUCCAUGAGUGACCGCCGCUACCUCCGUUCAACCACUAAACUCUUUUUUAUACCCGUCUUCUAUUCAUCCACUUUCCAUCGGUCCUUUCCUUCAGUUUUUUUUCCUCCGUUCCGUUGUACUUCUAAGCUCUCCCCCCAUACCCCACAAAAGUACACACCACCCUUUUCCCGCCCCUUUAAGAGCCGCCAGGAAUAGGUUAAAGAUGACCCCCACGAAUCUCUUUCCUCUGCAGACAUCGGCACCUCGGGUGACAACUACCCUUUCAAUUGACAUUGUUCCGAGGGGACACCUCGUGUUAGCGAACCCUCGUCAGAACUACCCGCUGCUGUCGAGGCGCCUUUUUCUCUGUCCACCCGACCCAACUAGAAGCUCAUUAUGCUCCCGCGACAAUUUGCAUCAGCUGUCAUAUUUCACCGAGGCAAGCCAGAGGAUAGGCCGAUAAUUAUAGGGAACCUGGCUCCCCGCAAUAUACUUUGCCGAGGGUCGGCCAAAUGGGACUCGUAGACGAAAGUGCUAAACAUUACUUGCCCUCAAAACAACAGUAAUUAUGUUCUAAGUCGCAACAACGGCGCCGUACAUUCAGAAAAGAAAGAUGUUGGUGUUGUAGACACUCAAAUGUUGUUUUUUAUGUUUUUUUUUUAUCAUGUUUACCCCACGCACAAAAGUCUGUUUAUUUUCGAACUCCUUACAAAAUUUUCCCUUCGCAGUCGUCUAUGACGAAACAAUUGUAUCUACCGGUGCCCGAGAGUUUGUGGAGAUGUCAGGAAAGGUUGUUGACUGCUUGGAAAACAAUGUUUUUAACUCGAGGUUGAAGUCCGAAUUGUUUACCAACAGCGACAGUCACGUGAGUGCUGAUGUUCAGUUCUAGACAUUUAAGAUGGUUGGGUACACACAGUCUGUUGUCAGUCACAGAAUUUUGUAAAUGAGACAAAGGGUAAACUCGAUAUUUACACUGACCAGCUCCCUGUCUCCAUCACUUUUCACAUUCUACAUCAGUAUUGCUUGUGCAGUUCAUCUGCGUGUACUCUCGUGAGAUGCGCCUGUGUGUCGAACCUGUUUCUGUAUUAUUAAAAUAAAAUAAGAGAUGAAAUAAGCGAGAAAACAUGAGCCAUUGGGUCCUUUUUUAAUAUAUUGAAUCAUGUGUUUUUGAAAAACUAUUGUUUAUUUUCAAUGUGUACAUUCCACCACGGUGUUCACUCAGCAUUAACUGUGUAUUCCGCCAUGUACAUACCAUCGACAUGUUUCUGGUAAUACUGGCGCCGAUGUGUAUCUAUGCAAUGUAUAUACCACCAAAGUGUUCUUGGCUGCUUGUACAUGUGUUGUCAGAUUUAUAUUAUUAUUAUUUUUAAACACCGUUUACCUGCUGCUUAACAAGGUGUACAGCGAAAUAUUGAAACCUACUCGACAUGGAGUUUUCAUGAAAAUAUAUUUUGA